AUGACAAGCGAGAAAGAUGGGGAGAUCUCAGCCCUGAGCGUCUCUCUUGGCCAGCAGCCUGCCACAGCAACUGGCCAUGCAUCUAUUCGCGAUGCACAGGGGCCGACGCGGGAUUUCACCUCGACUUGCAGGAUUCUAGGGUGCUUUUUCGUGUUCUUCAUCACUUGGGGCGUCGCCUCCUCAAUCGGUGCCUAUCAAGCCUUUUAUCAGAAGGACUUGUUAGCCUCCCACCCACCAUCCGUCAUAUCAUGGAUUGGCACGGUGCAGGUUGCCCUGAUGGGACUUACGGGGAUCGUCUCCGGGGCUCUCUAUGACCGAGGCUUUAUUCGAACGCUGUUGGUCGUCGGUGGUUCGCUCGUCAUCUUUGGCUUUAUGAUGCUAAGCUUGGCCAAGGAAUACUAUCAUGUCAUUCUGGCCCAAGGCGUCUGCGUUGGACUCGGCAACGGAAUGCUGUACAUACCCUCGAUAGCCGUCAUCAGUCAGACCUUCACGGCCAAGCAACGACCGCUUGCUAUCGGAGGAUCAUCGUCUGGAGCAGCCAUUGGAGGCAUCGUCCUGCCCAUCAUGUUCCGCCACUUACAACCGCAGAUCGGCUUUGGGUGGACCAAUCGCAUCUUUGGCUUCAUACUGCUCAGCAUGGUUAUAGCCACCUUCUUCCUGCUCCGGCCCGACCCAACGCAUAAUCGCCGAAACGGGCAGCUUUUCGACCCUUCUGCCCUGAAAGAGCCCCCCUUCGUCGUUCUCUUGGUUGGCUUAUUUUUUGUCUUCUUGGGAUAUUGGGUCCCGUUGAUAUACAUCACACCAUUCGCCCAGUUCUCCGUCAAAACGAACGUCUCGUACGCGUUUUAUCUCCUGGCCAUUCUCAAUGCGGGAAGCUGCGCCGGCCGAAUCCUUCCUGCCUUCGUUGCACACAAACUCGGUCCAGCCGUUGUCCUCUCAGCCGGCAGUAUCAGCCUCGGGAUCUUGAUCUUAGCCUGGGUCGGGAUCCAUGACGUGCCCGGCCUCACCAUCUGGGCUAUCUUGGUGGGUUUCAUGGCAGGCAUUACGGUGGCAAUCCCUGCCGCAGUGGUGCCUCUGCUCUCACCAACACCAAGUGUCGUGGGUGCAAGGACCGGAAUGGCGUGGUCAGGCGCUGCCUGCGCAGGGUUGAUUGGUGGGCCCAUUGCUGGUGCUCUUGUCAACACGACGACCAAUGAUUACGCACACGGUCAAGCCUUUGGCGGCGCUGCCAGCUUAUUUGGUGGUUUACUGCUAAUAUACCCUGCAGUUACCAUUGCUAGGGGGAAUAAGCGCUAUCCAAAUCCCCAACAACCGGUGCAUGAUAUCGAUAUCACCCCCUCGCCUUCGAAAAGCGACGACAUGGUAUCGGCAUGA